AUACCCCUAUUUUUCUGUACUGUUCAUGACAUGCCCCUGUUAGCUAACGCCGUUAGUCUGCCGUUAGUGGUGUUUUACUUAUUUGCCCUUAAUUUUGGUUUAGCGCCAUUGACUUCCUUCACUUUCACAGAAAGACCAAAAAAAAAAAAAAAAACCGUUCACAUUUUUCUCUUUCUCUCUCCUCUCCCCUGUUCUUCUUCAAGCUCUAAUCCUACUCAAACCCUAGAAAUUCUGGGAAGAUCUUCAAUAUUUUUGUGAAUUUUGCUGCGCACCUUAAAGGCGAGUUCGUGGGUUGUGAUUUUGCUUCAAUCGCGACAAAAAAGGGAGAAACUUGAGGCGAUUUCCAGUUGAGUUAGUGUUGAAGAGGAAACGGGAAUUUAAAGUUGGUUAGUCUACUUCCAGGAUGAGUGCUAUUUGGUUGUUACUACGUUAUGGGUCACAUAGUUUUGAUAUUAGAGUGGGAGACAUGGAAAAAUAUCGUUUGUUGAAGUUGUUUCUUGAUAUCUUUGAGGAAUCAGUUAAGCAAGAUGUUUUUUUGCCUAGUACCUUUAGCUUGUAUGUUGAGGGUCCUUGUGGUAAGGUUGAAUUGAAUGAUGAUAAGACUUUAAGGCUUCUGUGGGGAUGGAAUUGGGGUAAAGACACUGCUGAAAUUUGGGUUGAGGGAACAGAUAAACCAGGAUUGGUGUUUAGGAAUGCUGUUGCAACAAUUGAGAAUCAUAGAAAGGAAAAAGAGAGACAACUUAAGGAGAGACAAGAGGAACUGUUGAGGGCUCAAAGAGAGGAGGAAGAGGCAAUGAGGAAACAACAGGAAAGGGAGGACAUUUUGAGGGAAAUACAGGAACAAAUGGAGUACACUGUGGCUAUGGAGGUCCCUGUUGUUGAUUGUGAGGACAUGAAGGUUGAGUAUGUGAGAGUCAUUAGCAAAGAUGAUGCUGAUGAGGUGUUUCCAGGUUGCUCUCAACCAAAACAAACACAAGAAUCCCCAAAGAAACAACCCACCCCACCCAAACACACAAAUCAUGUUGCUUCUAAGUCAAAAGGCAAGGAUAAGCCUGCUUCUAAGAAACUAACCCCCAAAAGGAGGGCAUCAGCUAAACAACCCACCCCACAGAAACAACCCACCCCACCUAAACAACCCACCAAACAACCUACACCACCACCCCCACCACCCCCACCACAUAAAGAACCCACCCAACCAAAACAACAACAACACACACCACCACCAGAACAUCCCACCUCUCCACCACAACAACAACAACACACACCACCACCAGAACAUCCCACCUCUCCACCACAACAUCACACCCCUCCACCACCACCACAAAAUCCCACUCCACCACAGAACAACCAAACUGAUGAGCCUAACAAUCAAGCACCACCUGAUCAAGCUCAGCCAGUGAAAAAGAAGGGGGGCAGAGCUAGACCUGAGGGGUUUAGGGUUAACAAAGUCACUGCUAAGAAGGCUGGAACUUGGGUUUCCAAGGGAAAGGGAAAAGGGAGAAAGGGUACAGGAAGGUCUAAGACACCAGGGGUUUUUGCUGAUGUUGGUGAGAUAUGUUCAGAAGAGGAGAGUGAGGAUUCUGAUUAUGAGGAAUCAGAUUCUGAACAAGAGGAUGUUCUGAAUGAUUGGAUUGAUUCUGAUGUUGAUGAUGAGGUGAUUCCUGAUGAUAUUCCUGAUUUGGGGUUUGAGGAUUGUCUAAAUGGUUCCUCAAAGAUGGAUAAGGCCUAUAAAAAUGGCAAAAUAUGGACUGAUCAACCAUAUGGGUCCAUUAAGUUAGAACCCUGGUUGAUCUUUCAUGAUAAGGCCACAUUUCUUGAAGUGUUGAGAAGUUACUGCAUACAGGAGGGGUUUGGGCUUAGUGUUGAGAGGGCUGAUAAUAGGAGGUACACAGCAGUUUGUGCAGUGGAGUCAUGUGACUGGAGGAUACAUGCCAGUAGGUUGUUUGACAAUGUUAGCUGGGCCAUUAAGGUGAUCAGUGGGUCCCACAGAACUUGUGGGAGGCUUGAGGAGAAUCCAGUAGUGACCUCUGAGUGGUUGUGUAAGCAUAUGUUGGGGGAAAUAGAGGCAAAUCCAGAGAUUCCAGUGGAGACAUUGAGGAGGUAUGCACAGGAGAAGUUUCAGUUGAGGGUGAAAAAGAGGCUAUUGUACAAGGUCAGGAGUAUGGCAAAGGGAAAGCUGCAUGGUGGUUGGGCUGAAGCAUAUGAGCUGUUGCCUAGAUAUGCUGAGAUGAUUAAGCAAACAAACCCAGGGAGUCAUGCACUUAUAACAUGGGGGGCCAGUAGUGGGGAUGUGAACCCAAAAUUCAGAGCUUGCUUCUUCUCAUUUGCUGCACAAGUCAGGGGGUUUCUAAGGGGUUGUAGGCCCAUAAUUGGAAUAGAUGGGGCUCAUUUAAGUGGUUUCUACAAGGGCAUUCUACUGACAGCAGUUGGCAUAGAUGGGAAUAAUGAAAUUUUUGUUCUUGCCUAUGGGAUAGUAGACACUGAGAGUUGUGACAGUUGGACCUACUUCAUGAGAUGUUUGAGGCAAAUGUUUGAGCAGGAGGGUUGCAACAGAGAUGAUUGGACCUUCAUCAGUGAUAGGAUGAAGGGUGUUGAGUUGGCAGUUAGAGAAACUUUUCCUAGAGCAACUAGGAGAGUUUGCUGCCAACACCUAUACAUGAAUUGUAAGAACAAUGGCUUCAGUGGAUCUGCAUUCCACAAGCUAUUUUGGAUAGCUGCUAAUGCAUACAAUGAGUAUAUUACCCCUGAACUUGUUAGGGUGGGGGCUAGAUUUGACAAGGCAGUUGACAUGGAGGAAGGUCAGCUCACUGCAUAUGCAUUGAAAGAGUUAGAGGAGAGGACAGCUGAGUCCAGGUUAUGUUAUGCCACAGCAUGUGGAGGGGGUGAAUUUGAGGUUAGGGAUGGACAUGUCAACUUCCCAAUUAGGCUUGCAACAAGAAGUUGUGCCUGUGGGAAGUGGCAGAUCUGUGGAAUCCCCUGCAAGCAUGCACUGAGGGUCAUAUAUGACCAAAGGAUGAACCCCCAUGAUUUCAUAUCCCCAUGGUUCAAGGCUGCUGCAUACAAGCUAACCUAUGCAGAACAUAUUCAUCCUAUGGCAGAUCCAUCUCAGUGGCCUGACUUUGGUCUUCCUUCCAUUCAGCCUCCAACCAUCAAAAGACCAUCUGGCAGACCUGCUAAGAAGAGAAAGAGAGGGGCAAAUGAACCAAAGAAAGGGAAGAGGAACACAAAUGUGAAAUGUGGAAAGUGUAGAGAGUUUGGUCACAACUCAAGAACAUGCAAGAGUGGAGGAACAAGUGCCACUGGACCAAGUACUUCAAAGAGUGGUGCAGCAGGAGCAAGUACAUCAAAUGGGGGACCAAACACAAGGAAGAGGUCAAAGGCAGCUGCAUAG